AAAAUGCGUACAUUUUAGGGGGUUUACUCUAAAUAAAGUGAAUUUUAUAUUUUGUUAUAUGUAUAUUUUGAGCCGUCUCGAUUUUUGGUUAAAUGGCGUGCCUAAUUUUAUUCACAUAAAGCCCAAUUUGUAUGGAAAAGAACAACAGCAAGAUUAAUCACAAUGAAAGGUAAAAUGGCUAGCGGGCGUAGUGUACGUCUACUACCCACACCCGCAAAUGUUAGAAAUGUCGAAAUAAAAACGAGCACCCCGCGAGAUCCGGAAAAUUCGAUAAAUGCAUUAGGGCCGGAAUUGGCUGUAGCUACAACACAAGUAUUAGACAGCCUUAACGAACAGGAAAGGCAAAUAAUUCUAGAUGUUCUGAAGAGAGACGAAGGCGUUAGACAGAGAGAUGCUGCUCGAUUGCUGAUUCUUCGCACAGAACUGCAAAAUAUUCGUAGAAAGGGUGCUUUAAGGACAUGUGGAUCUCUUGAUCGACCUAAUAUUGAAUCGAAUCAAUCUUGUUCAAGAUGCCGAAUCGAAUUGGGUAAAGUAAUCAAUAGAGGAGCCACGUGCCGCUGUUGUAGAUUACGUGUAUGCAAAAGUUGUAGAGAAUUUUUCAAUUAUUCGACGGAUUGGGUUUGCCUGGUUUGCCAUAAGCAGAUGGAAUUGCAAGCAGCUAGUGGUGAAUGGAUUAACGAAUACGCCAGAGGACACGAAUCGCGGCGAGAUUCAAUUACUAAGGAAUAUUUGCCAGCAUCUGAUAUUAUUAGGAAAAGCAUUAGGAGAUCUUGGACGAUUUCAAGUUCUCAACAUGACGAUCGUGUUCACUCACAGCGCGACGAUGAAAAUUAUCCAGUAGACCAGCCGAACGCAUAUUAUAAUCAAACAAUGGACUAUCAAAACAAUGAAUAUUACGAUAGGGCGACACAGCAUCAUUCUCGUCGAGUGGUUCGGCAAUCAACAUUACCUACGAAUAUACCCAAUCCCGAUAACUAUUAUCAGAACAACGUGAAUUUAAUGCCUCCGCCGGUAUCUCCGAAACAGCAGCUAAAUCCUCAAUAUAAUACAUCUCCAUACAAUACGGAUAGUGAAGACAUGGCAGAUUGCUCAAAUACUGAUCUGAAACAAGUUCGAUAUCCGAUUCGGAGACAAUCAACCCUUCCUUGUAGGCCUAACGAACAUCAUGCUCAAAAGUAUUUAUCCACAUCGCCGAGUCGAAGUUACAGUCGCUCUCCGGAGAAGCACGAAUCGGACCAAAGAUAUCCACCAUUUGUUCGACAAUCAACGUUUCCGUCAAACAUGUCAGAACCAUAUCCAAAUCGGCCCAAAAUUCUACUGCCACCAUCGCCAAAUCGUAUGACGUACAGUAAAUCACCGGAGAGUGUAAUGGAUACGGAUAUUCCGAAGCGUCAUGGCGGCAUCGUCCGACAAUCCACAUUACCGAAUCCCGAUCAACACAUAAAAUUGUUACCGACCUCACCACCGAAACGUCAAACGUCGCCACAGUACAUGAAACGAUCACCAGAAAUCGUUCGUCAGAACACCCUUCCCAAUCCGGAUGGAAUGAAUUCUCUAAACAUUCAUCAGCAAGCUCCGAAAUUUCUACCGAUUUCGCCACGCUUAAAACAAAACUUUUUGUUUCCUCAACCGAAUCUAAAUCCUAGACAGUUUUUAUCUCACCAAAAUGUGCCAACUGUAAUCGACGAUCCAUAUUCUAGUACUGGCAGCGUAGGUUGUCCACAGCAACGCGAGCACUUGUCGAAAAUGAUAAAAGUGCGUAGUCAUAGUAAUGAAGAAUACAGUGCGAACAGACCACCGAUUCCUAUUGAAGGUCGUCGUCUACUUCCGGAAAUACCUCGUAAUCACUCGCCAAAUAGAUUGGUCCGACAAGGUCACGUAUUGGAAGAUUCUCGACAUAAUCAACAACAACAAAUCGACAAACGAACCUUUUCUGAAGCUAAACAAAGUUUGCCCGAAUACGACGACUCAAAUUCGUACAAAGAGCAUAGUUUCUUGGAAGUCGAUGAAGAGGAAUCAUACGAAGGGCCACAGUAUAAAAAUGUAUACAGUGCCAGUGAUUCAAAAGUUCGUUAUGACGAAGAGGAUAAACCGAAAACGAAAAUCGGGCACAAUGUACGCAGUGCUGAGAGUUUCCUGAACGAUACAUUGCCCGAAUAUACCCAUCCUGACGAAGGAUUCCGUUCGAGUCGAAAAGAUCGAACGAGACGGCGACGUUCACGCGAAAUCAUUGAAAGCGAAAUUCAUGCAUCGUCCAACGAAGAUGAACCCAGACGUAAACCGGAAACGAUGAGAUCAAUAUCCGAAGACAUUCCACCGAAAUCGAAUAGCAAACCAGUGACCCGACGGUCGUUAUCGCAUCCCGAACGAGAGACACAAAAUUCGAAACGCAUUGAUCAUUCGAAAAUACCGAGUCCGAAACCCCUUGCUGAUAUUUUGGAAAAAUCGAAACGAGAGAAACCAUCCAAAAUACCAUCGCCAAGAAGAAAGAAUUUUAAAACAAUAGACAACAGCGACAUAUCGCCACCAGCAGCACGUACCCAUGUUCAACGGCGAGAUUCGAAGAGUUCCAUUCACAGAGACAGCAAAGAAGAUGAUUCUGAACAGAAAGACGAAGAAUCGACUACGGAAGAUGCAAGUGCCACUAAUAAUGACGAGUCAAAACAAACUGAUGAUGCAAGCAAGAGUGAAACUGAGCACAAGACUACUCUUGGCGAAGCUGAAAUUCAAAGUGCAGUAGAGGCUGCGGCAGUCAUCUUUAAAAAAGUUGUUUUGCAACGACGUCAAGCUGCUAAGAAAAAUGCUGAGGAAGGCUAUCGGAAACGCAAUCUAUCAUUCAUCCAAGAUGAUAUAUCCGACUAUGAAACCUAUGGAUCGAGUAAAAUGUUUUGCCAGGACGGUGACGACUACAAACUGGUUUUCAUAAGCUCCGAUUCGUCCAGCAAAGAGGAUGAGUUUAACGACAACAGUUCGACAACAUCAUCGAUACAGACAACACAAUCCGUUGACGAAUGUGACUAUUGGGAUUGGGAUUAUUUUGAACCGGGUGUAUCACGAAUGAUAUUCAAGGAGUAUUCAAAGUCGCCGUUCGAUUCACCGAUAUUAGCGCGGAAGCAACAUUCACCCAUGGUUUCGCCAAUAUUUUACCGACGAAAACCAUCCAAUUCUCCAUUGCUCUAUCGGCAUAAAUUUCGCGAAAGUGAUACGGGCACGGAUGAGGAAUUGCUCCAUCAAACUGAAAGCUCAUCGCCGAUAAGCUCGGACAGUUAUAUGAUGCCAUCGGUUUUUCUAAAGAAAAAUCUGUCGAAAUUCGGUGGGAAAAAGCGAUCAAUCGAUGACAACGUCGACCGUAAAGGAUGCGACUGUGGCAGUAUUCCACAGUAUGUUCCAAUUCCUGUGCCCGUUCCGAUUCCAGUGCCAAUAGCUGAUUUUCAAAAUUGGAAACCAGCUGAUUUGAUGUUGAACCAAUCAAACAAUGAAAAUUCGCAUCUCAGAGCUAUACAACAGAAGCAAGCAGCUGAUAUCUUUCAUCUAUGGAACAGUGCUGCACCGAGCAUACUAAUGCAACAUCACCAUCAUCAACAACAACAACAAGAAAAACAGCGAAACAACGAAGAUGUUCACAACGUACAACAAACACAUAAUCAAGUAUUUACCGAGCAAAUAUUAACUGGAAUGUUUUGCAAGAGUACAACUCAUGCAGAAGAUGAAGAUAAACAACAGAAAAAUGAACAUACCAGUUGUGCCGGUCAAGCAGUCAGUCGACCGUCAGCAGAGUAUUUUUCAAUUAAGAGUACCGUUCGUGGUGAACCAUUACUGUGUAAUAUUAACGAUGCCAUAGCUUCAUCAACUGAAUGUAAUAUUAGAAAUUGUGCUGCUCCAAUUGACAAUUCAUUAAGUACGGGUACAACAGCUUUUGAUAAAAGUUCGCUGUUAUCAUGUGUUGAUAAAACUCUAACAUCGAAUGAUAACGACGAUAUCACGAAUAAAGUAACGCAGGUUAGUUCGUCGACUGAAAAUGUUAAACAAAAGCCAAUUUGUGACUGUAAUGUUGUUCCGGUUGUUGACAUUACUGGUGGUUGUUAUAGUGAAACAGAUGUGAAUAAAUUGAAUGAAACAGUCGGGGUUGACAGAGUCGAUUUACCAAUCGACGAUAGUGUUCAAUUGAAUUUAAGUACAAUAUCAAUGGAGAUUGCAUCGUCUGGUAGCGAGUCAACGAAGGGUUAUUUACGUUCCGAUUAUAUCAUAUCAUCAUCAUCUGCUUCCAGUGGCGACGAUGAGAAUGAAAAUAAAACGAAAACGGUGUCACGCAGCUACGAUGUAACCGAAUAUUCAAAUGACGAUAAUGUUGUCAGCGGUUCCAGUGACUUUUGCGAUAGUGAUGGUGACCGUGGCAUAUCACCAACAAGCUCAACGCGAGAGGAUCAAAGUUCGUUUGCAUCGGACGAUAGUGAUGAUGCCGGUGUCAAUGUUAAGCGGCGAUCGAAAGCCAAGAAUUUUUACAAAGUUUUCAUUGUCAACAAAUCAAACCAAUCGUCAUCCGAUACCGACGCUGAAAGUUCCAAUACCAAUUCGAUCGAUGAUUCUUCCGAUAAUGAUACUGAUACGGAAUUAAAUUGUGGCAUUGUUUUGAAUUAUGUGAAAACGUUGAAUGUUAACGACGACGACGACACUCAAAGCUGUACAGAUCGUACAAUCGAUUGUAAUCAAUUCAAGCACGACGAUAAUGCUAUGCAACGUAGAAUAGAAAUUGGUAAUAACAAAAAUAUUGCACAAUCCAUUGAUUCGACGAGCUUACACGAAUUAAACAACGAAUACAAAGAAAUUAAAACAGCAGCGGCUAUAAAUAACAUGAGUGAGAUUUCUGACCUUCAUGAUCAUCCAAGUAACGUGGAGGAACUGAUUGCUAAUGACGAUGAAGUUAAUGUGAGACCCGCACUAAAUGUUAAUGAUGGAAAUCAAACAAAAAAUUCAGAUUUUUUAAUGCACGAACAUUCAAUUGAAUUUAAAGACGAAUCAAUUUGUGGCGAUGAUUACAAGCCAAUCGAGGAGACUGAUAACUUAUCUGCAUAUAAAUUAGAAACUAAGCCUGAAAUUAAUUGUGAUGAACUCGAUGACCAUAUGGCUACGAAUAAUGACAUUGUUGUUGCGGCUAUUACCGAUAAUGAUGUGAAUGAGCAAUACGUAGCACCAGCAGAAACAGUUGGUCGUAAUUCAGUGAUAGAACCGUACAGCAACGAUGAGUUCAGUCAUGAACUGACCGAGGUGAAAAAUGAAAAUUCGGUGCGCAUACAAACGAAUACCACAGACGAAACCAUUUUCGGUUCAAUUAGUGUUGUUGCUGAUCGUUCAAUUAAUUUAUUAGAUGAUCAAGCGAAAGUUGUGAGUACAGUCGCAUACGACGAUCAAACGAGUCUAGUGCCAAAUGACGAAGACGGAACAAAUUCAUUGCAAUCAAUAACAGAAAGUGCAUUGAGUUUAUUAAUAAAAAAUCAAAAUACCGCAGACGACAACGACCGUAUCAAUAUUAGCCAACAACAACACGAACAUUUUUCAGAUGAGUGUACAUUUGAGUCGAUUCAGUUGAACGAUCAUAACAACGAUAUAGUGUGUGCGAAUGGUAACCCCACUACCUCAGGUGUAGAAGCAGCAAAAACUGAAGAAUAUAGUGGGUAUACCUGUGAAAGUAAUUAUUCAAUGAAUAACACGAACACACACACGUCUGAAGUAACCGUACAUUCAGUUGAAAACGAGCGAUCCAAUGGUGUGGAUGAUGCUGUUGCCGCGAAGUUUACGAGCCUUAUAAUGAUAACACAGGAUUUGAAUCGGUCGCUAGAACAUCAAGUGAGUGUUGUCGCAACGGAUAUGAUACAAAUUGUGUCCGAUGAUAAUUCAGUGACGGUGAAACACACCAAUAGCCACUGUGACGCAGACAAUUUUCCAAAUUACACAAGAUCAUUUGAAGAUGAUGACAGUACAACAUCGUCAGCACCAAAACUACCUAUGCGACUAAAUGGUGUAAAUACAACGUUGAACAAUGAUAAAACAAUAGUGAACAAUGAAAAAUGUGAUGGACGUACGAAAAUAGUGAGUGAAAGUGUAUUGGUGGAUGAUGUAACUGUUGUCGCUAGUGCAGACACACUAUCAGCGGUUGUUUGCCUUGAAGAUGGUUUGGCUGAUGACGACUCGUGGGUUGAAGAAAUAAGCCAUGAUGAAGAAGAAUUUGCAACGACAACGGCUACAGAAUCGGAUGUCGAAGAAUCGUCUGAGGAUUUUCCACUAUGCACCGUUGUUGAUCGCGAAGAAGAAUUGCGUGGUUUUAAUCGAUCAGCGAUUGACUUUACAUUGCACACCAUUGUAGAGGAAAGUUGUGAAGAAAGUGAGGUGGAACAAAAUAACAAAACUAAAAAUCGAAUGUCAGCAUCUGAAUUGGAGAAAUAUUUUUGUUUUGGUCUGGGCGAUGGUAAGCCGAUUAAUUCGGCUGAGUUGAAAGAUGAAAGUAUGUCCGAUAGUAGCAGCAUCUGCAGUGAUGGAAUCGAUUCGAAUGGAGGCUCAGAUGAUAUGGCUGGAUUGGAUGCAAUGAAUUCAAGCGAUCUUGCAUCAUCUAGAUUGGAAAAAUAUUUUUUGACAACAUUCAUGGGUUUCGCCGCGGAACAACGUGAUACAGAUGGAAGUGGUAGUGUCGGCAGUGACAGCGAAGGUUGUCCGAGUCCAGGUCAACGUCGAAAGCGAUUGGUUAGGGCUAGAGGUACACCUAGAUCUCAUAAUUCUUCGCUCGAUAAUUUGUUAGCGACAAACAGUGAUUGUCACGAGACUAACACCUCCGUCGAUAAUCACAAUGAUUUCAUGGACUAUUCUGAAUCAGACACUUGUGAUGAAACUGUGAUACACAUAGAAAAAAGCGACAAUUCAAACGACACACUUAAACGGAAGAAACAAAACAAAAAACGAAUCGAAUCGUCUGACGAAAAUAAACUUAGUUCAGCUCCUGAUUUAUCGGUAUCAAGUAAAGAUUCAGAAAUAGAACACAGCAAAACCCUUCACAGUGACUUUUCACCAGCGUCAUACAGCUUAGCACAAUCUCGAAAUCAGCAUAGCAGAGACAGUGGAUUUAUUGGAAGCAAUGACGAUUUAUUGAAAUCGGAUGAUCUUCCGAAUAAGUCAGUAGAACAAAAAUUCGAGCUAGAAGAAAUUUUGGAAGAACAAAAAGAAUCGGCUGAAAGCGAGACAUCGAUACAGGUGGUGCAAAGUCCUGAACAACAAAAAAUGCCACCAACACCCACAACAGCCUUAUAUCGUAAAGACAGCUUCAACAAUUGGAGUUCCGACGAAGAAACCAAUUUAAUGAUGUCGAAGAUGCGUCAAUUCUUUAAAACAUUGAUUGCUGCUAGUGCCAAUGCACAAAAUAUGGCCAACAACUCAAAAUCGUCGGCAUCUGUGAAAAGUGGGUGUAGCACACCAAAAGAUGGUACACCAGUUCCUAAGCCCAGAAACAAGCAUAAACCUCCUCAAUUAGUCUACUUCGAAAAUGAAUUGACCAGAUUGAUGAAAACUGUUCCGGGUAUCAAUGACAGUCAAGUGCGUGAAAUUGUUGAAUAUUUGAGCAGCGAGGAUACUUGGUCAGACUCGUACGAUUCGUCAGAUUAUACCAGUUCAGAUUUAGAAGGUAACUCGGUGGCAAAUAAAAAAUCCGAACUCCAGGAACAAAUAUCGGCUAGUUGUCAACAAAUCAUCGAGAAAUUCGAUAACAUUGGUGACGAGGAAGGUGAUCGCGGUGAUGGUGGUUUGUAUGAAGAGGGUUUGAAUUGGGAAACCGCUCACGUCUAUCAAAAACUGGUUGCUUCGUUUUCGAAAAUGACCAGCCCCAACGAAAAGCAAUUAGAAACGAAAAGUACGUCACCGCCUAUAUUCACAAAAGUCAUGAGCCACAUAGGCACGAGGCUAGUAGCUCUUAUGCAUGAGGUCAGUAGUGGUGAAUCUCAUGCGAGCACAUCACCGAAAGCAAGUGUUCGAUACCAUCGAAAAUUACAACAAAAAAUAUCCGCAACCACCACUGAAGAUGAUGACAGUACGUCGGAAAGUAAUAUGGAACGACACGAUGACUUGGGAUUCACAAAUUUGCCGAGAAGUAAGUCACAUGAUUUGCUAUUAAGUGGAACCAGACCGACACAUCAUCAAUCAAGCGGCGGUGUCGACGCAACGACUGAAGAAAAGGAAGCUAGUGAUUAUGAACGCUUCUCAUGGAGGGGGAGCUUUGAAUCAGCAUUACUGGCGAAUGGAGAUUCAAGAACGAAACUCACUUUACUGGACAAAGACAAUUCAUCAUCAGCGUCUGCCUUAGCUGCCAAACGAAGAUCAGCUGGUGACUUACUAUUCAACCAGAAUAGUCUCAGUCGCGAACAAUUGGAUCGAGUAAGAAGUUGUGGAAGCAUCGGUUAUGAUAAUGACAUUGAAACAUCUAAGCUAUGGACAUCUUCAUCAAAUCAAAAGAGCAAUCGUCGACGAUCCAGCGUUCCGGAUGCUACAUGUGAUUCAGAUCAGAAUACAUCCGAUGAAGAUGAUCGAUUCGCUCUUCGAUCGACAUUACCUCGAAGUAUACAGAAUGCAACAUCAGCUAGCACCAAUUCUUUACCGCGGUUAUCCACCACCAAUUCACAAUUGUCCACAUCGAUGCAAAAAUCACAAAGUGUUAACCAUUUCCUACCGAAUAGUGUCAAAAGUGCUAGAUAUAGACCGCCUGGUUUUAACCGACCUAGUGCCGUACCAAAAAAAGCCGUUUCUUCGCCAGGAUUACAGCAAUCGCUUUACUUAAAACGAGAUACGAGACGAAGAGCGCAUUCGUUUUAUGGUGAAGAAUCCAAUGCAUCAGAAAUGGCUGGAAGUUCACCAAUCAUUGGUGAACGGCAUGGUUCAAGUGGUUCGGCAAGUCCAGUGGCUGCCAGUAAGACAGCUUCUACGGAUCCAUGGCCGACACAAACAGAUGAAGACAUCGAUCGACUUGUAGCUUUACAUAAGAAUCGAAGCAGCUUAAGUUCGCUUGGGUUGAGGUCCGAUUCUAUGGCAAGUGUCUAUUCUGGAGCAGGCGAAGGACGUUAUGGCACUGUAGCUGUAAAAGGGCAAAUCGAAUUCGGCAUGCAAUACAACUACAAGCAGGGUGCGUUAGAGAUCCACAUAGUGCAAUGCAAAGAUCUGGCGGCCGUUGAUACGAAACGAAACCGUAGCGAUCCAUACGUCAAAUUGUACCUUUUGCCGGACAAAUCGAAAACUGGCAAACGUAAAACGAAAGUUAAAAAGCAUACGCUCAAUCCGGUGUUUGAUGAAACAUUGAAAUUCUAUAUGCUGCUAAAUAGUUUAGAAUCGAGAACAUUGUGGCUUACCGUAUGGCAUUCGGAUAUGUUUGGCAGAAAUGAUUUCCUCGGCGAAGUGAUGAUCACUUUGCAGGGCAAAGUGUUCGAUAACCCACAACCCCAGUGGUACACGCUACAAGAACGGAGUGAACCGUUCGACGAUGUCGUAACCUAUAAAGGCGACAUUAUAGUUGGUCUGAAAUUCGUGCCACCAGAUUCGUCGUCGUCGCAACAUUCAUCGCCUCACAGUAGCGGCGGUUUGAGUCUUCGUAAAUUCGGUAGCAUUAAGUCAUCGCCAAGCUCACGAAAUAGUUCGUCGAAGGGUUCGCUUCAUGUCUUGGUAAAGGAAGGUAAAAAUCUGAAUGCUGUAAAAGCCAACGGAUUCUGUGAUGCAUUCUGCAAGAGUUACCUAUUACCCGACAAAAACCGCAGCAGUAAGCAAAAAACUCCGGUUAUAAAACGGACAGUCAAUCCGGUGUGGAAUUACACUUUUGUGUAUGAUGAUGUGUCACUGCAAGAACUGAGUGAACGUGCACUGGAAUUAACCAUUUGGGAUCAUGAUCGUCUAUCCACAAACGAGUUUUUGGGUGGCAUACGAUUCUCAUUGGGAACAGGCAAACACAACGGUAGAAAUGUUGAUUGGAUGGACUCGACCGGCAAAGAAUUGUCUUUGUGGCAGAACAUGUUAAAUCGACCCAAUUUCUGGGUCGAAGGAUCUGUGAUUCUUCGAUCGUCAUUGGAGAAAUUAAAUUAAAUAAAAAAAGAAAAACAAAAAAAUUCAAAUUAUUUAACGAUUUAUUGAACAAACAAAAAAAAUAAUUAUUAUUCAUAUACACUGAAUUUGCAUUACAUAUAUACACAUGAUAAAUGAUAACAAAAAAAAAGUUGAAGAAAAAUAAUAAAAAAAAUGAAAAUUAAAAAAGAAAAUUAAUCGAAAGUUAUGUAGAUUUCAAGUGUCCUUGUGCAAAACAAGGAAUCAUUUUGAGCCGAAAAUAAAAUUGUUAUGUUAGCCGAUACGGUUAACUUGAUAAAUAAAAUUAAAGAAAGCAAAAAAAAGA